CUAAGAAAAUAUAUUAAUAUGUAUCAAAACAGGACAUAAUAAAAUAUUAUUUCAAGAAAUUAGACAAAAUUGUGAAAGACUACAGUAACUUAUCAAAUAUGAGAUUUUUCAAUUGUUUAAUAUUUUGUUUUAUAUAUUCUUUAUCAAAUGGAAACUCGGUUCAUAGAGAGACCCGACAAACAGGCGAAUUUAAUUUAGACGAAUAUCUACAGAAAUUUGGAUACAUGGAAAAACAAAACGUUACGGAACGAACUCAGGGAACAUUUGGUUCUGCUCCAAGUAGUGCAGUGGCGCUUAGGGCAUUUCAAGGAUGGAAUAGCUUACCCAUAACCGGUACUCUUGACGAUACGACGAUGGAGUUGAUGAGAAGACCACGUUGUGGCUUCCCAGACCCUAAGAUACCUAUGGGAGAGGUCAAACCUUUCGUAUUAGGUCCAAAAUGGAACAAAAAGUCCCUUACAUACAGAAUUACAAGUACUACAACUGAUUUAUCUUCAGCUCCAGCCAGGUCUGAGCUUGCUAGAGCAUUCAAAUUCUGGACAGAUGUAGCAGAUAUUGAGAUUACUGAAACUUCAAAUUCUAACAGUGACAUUGUUAUAUCGUUUGAAACUGGGGAUCAUAAUGAUGGUUCUCCUUUUGAUGGAGCAGGUGGAGUCUUAGCUCACGCGUUUUUCCCGACAGGUGGAGUGUGCCAUUUUGAUGAAGGUGAAACAUGGGUUAUAAAUGGUACAGGAAUAGACCUUUUUACUGUUGGUGCGCAUGAAAUAGGACAUCUUUUGGGACUUGACCAUUCUAAUGAUCGAGCAGCUUUAAUGUUUCCAUUUUAUGGUGGAUUUGUGGCAGAUUAUACCAUACCAGCAGACGAUAGAGCCGCCAUUGUUGCUCACUACGGUGCAAGAACUACAAGCGAUGGCGUCACCGAAAGCAACGCUGUCACGCAAAGUGCAAUGAUUACAGAAUCAACCAAUGAUAUGGUCACGAAUGAGCCAACCAGUUCAGCAUCACAAGUAAUAAGUGGAAACCAUAUCACGUCACUCAUCAUGAUAACUAUCUUAUAUCAUUUUGACGUCUUCAACAUUUCAUAGAUUGAGUGUAUCCAUGUUUUUUACAAAUCAUUACGAAUAAAAUAGUUUCUCGUA